AUGCCUCUUCCGGCCGGAGUUUACCGCGCGGACCACGUCGGGUCCUUCCUCCGCCCCAAGGCCAUCCUCGAGACCCGUGAAAAGGUCGAGAGCCAGGCCGCCACCGCCGAGGAUUUGCGCAAGGUCGAGGACGAGCACAUUGCUAUCGUCGUCCGGGAACAGAUCGAGAACGGCCUCCAGUCCGUGACCGACGGUGAAUACCGCCGCGCGUGGUUCCACAUCGACUUCCUCCAGCAUCUGGCCGGCGUCGAGAAGCGCGGCCAUGUCGCGUCCACCAACGUCACCUCGCACGGCAUGACUCCUCCCCGACUCGUCGUUGUCGGCAAGCUGGGCCACCCGAACGCCAUCCAGGUCGACGACUUCAACUACGUGAACCAGCAGGUGGAGGCCGUCAAGGCCUCGUCGGGCGCCAGCCAGACCGUCACCGUCAAGGUGUGCAUUCCCAGCCCGACCAUGGUGUACUUCCGCGGCGGGCGCGACGCCAUCGACGCCGACGCCUACCCCACGCUCGAACCCCUCUUCGAUGACAUCGCCAAGGCCUACCAGGCCGAGCUCGACGACCUGUACGCCGCCGGCUGCCGCUUCGUCCAGCUGGACGACACCAACCUGGCCUACCUCUGUGACGAGGGCAUGAGCAAGGAAGCCGCCCAGCGCCACGGCAAGACCCCCGCCGAGCUGACCAAGCAGUGCGUCGACAUCAUCAACGCCUCCAUCAGCAAGCGGCCCAAGGACAUGACCAUCGGCAUCCACCUGUGCCGCGGCAACUUCCGCUCGCAGUGGUUCGCCCAGGGCGGCUACGAGCCCGUGGCCGAGACCCUCUUCAAGGGGCUCAACGUCGACGUGUACUUCCUCGAGUUCGACGAUGCGCGAUCCGGCGAUUUCUCCCCGCUCCGUCACCUGCCCGAGGACAAGAUUGUGGUCUUGGGCGUUAUGUCGAGCAAGAAGGCCGAGCUGGACGACAAGGCGGAGAUGAUCAAGAGGCUGAAGGAGGCGGCGGAAUACUGCCCCAAGGGCCUGGACCAGCUCUGCUUGUCGCACCAGUGCGGCUUCAGCUCGACCAAGGAAGGAAACGACUUGACGGUGGAGGAGCAGUGGGCCAAGGUGCGCCUCGAGGUCGAGAUUGCCAAGGAGGUUUGGGGUGACGACUUGUCGCAGUAG